CCAGCCACGACCACGCAGUAGGACAGGACGAGGGAGUUAUGAUUAUCUAACGUCAACAGACACGGAUUGUUCCUCAGCUUUCAGCUAUUUGCCUCACUUUGUUACUCUCGGCAAGGAAAAAGCGACAUAAUGGAGUCUCACCUGGACGAAGCCCGGAAAGAAGAAGUCAGCGGUGGACGACGAGCCGCCUGAGCACGAACAGCUCCUAACUACUCUGCUCGUCAACACGCCAUCGCACCACCGCAUCAAAUGUGACCUGCUCCGCCCAAACGUCCGCUAAGGCAAAUGGUGUUGACUGAGCGCUGCCUGCACUUCAGGUAGGGGGCGGCAGCACCCAGCAAAGUAGGCGUCAUGCCCGUGGAGGCUGGAAGCAGCUCCGCCUCAGCUGCUCGCCACCCCAAGCAAAAGCGCAAGGCUCACAGUUUGUCCAUUCGACGCACCAACAGCACGGAGGAGAGACCGGCUGGCAGCCACAGAGGAGACAUGCUGGAGUCGCAGGACUCCAAGCUGCCGCACUCCCUGCGUAACAAUCUUCUAGAUCUCUUUGGUCAGAUUGAACGGGAGUUUGAGAAUCUCUACAUUGAGAACAAUGAACUACGACGGGAAAUCGAGUCUCUGAACGAACGUCUGAGUGGCGACGGGCAGAAUCUUGAAGGAGGAGACGCCUCUAAGGGGGUCCUGAAAACCAAAGCCAGCCACAGCACCAGCCAGCUGUCCCAGAAGCUGAAGACCACCUACAAAGCAUCCACCAGCAAGAUUGUGUCCAGCUUCAAGGCCACCGCAGGGUCCCGGGCUGUGUGCCAGCUGCAGAAGGAGUAUGUCGGCCAUCGUGACGGCAUCUGGGACCUCAGUGUGACCAGAACUCAGCCGGUGGUUCUGGGGACCGCAUCAGCAGAUCAUUCAGCCCUGCUGUGGAGCAUCGAGACUGGAAAGUGUGUGCUGAAGUAUGCGGGCCACGCAGGAUCAGUCAACUCCAUCAAGUUCCAUCCCACGGAGCAGAUGGCCCUGACAGCCUCCGGGGACCAGACGGCUCACAUCUGGCGCUACAUGGUGCAGCUGCCUGCCCCCCCGCCUCCAGCAGAUGUCAGUGCCCCGUGUGAGGAAGACCAGGAUUCCUCCGACAGAGAAGAAGGCGACGUGGACGGCGAGGGCCCGUGCGAGGUCCCCACCAUCCGGGUCGCUACGGCAACACUGAAAAGCCACCAGGGUGUGGUCAUCGCCGCUGAUUGGCUGGUGGGCGGCAGACAGGUGGUGAGCGCCUCCUGGGAUCGUGCUGCCAACCUGUAUGAGGUGGAGACGUCUGAGCUGGUGCACACCCUCACUGGCCAUGACCAGGAACUUACCCACUGCUGCACCCACCCCACCCAGCGACUGGUUGUUACCUCCUCCAGGGACACCACCUUCAGACUGUGGGACUUCAGAGAUCCAUCAAUCCACUCCGUCAAUGUCUUCCAGGGACACACCGACACGGUGACAUCAGCCGUCUUCACAGUGGGCGACAAUGUGGUUUCUGGGAGUGAUGAUCGCACAGUCAAGGUGUGGGAUCUGAAGAACAUGAGGUCACCCAUAGCAACCAUUCGCACAGACUCUGCUGUCAACAGGAUCAGUGUGUCCACCAACCAAAGGAUCAUAGCACUGCCACAUGACAAUCGACAAGUGCGACUCUUUGACAUGAGUGGAGCCAGACUGGCACGCCUGCCUCGCAGUAACAGGAUGGGCCACAGGCGCAUGGUGUGUUGCACCGCCUGGAACGAGGAGAACCAAAGCUGCAACUUGUUCACCUGCGGCUUCGACCGGCAAGCCAUCGGCUGGAACAUCAACAUCACGGCUCUGCUGCAGGAGAAGUAAAGAAGAAGAAGAAGAAGAAGAGUGUAGAUGUUGACCAGCGCUCUUCAAGGUGUGACGCAGACAUCUACUGUCAUUGUCUUCUUCUGCACAUCCACUGGCUACUUCCUGUCCUAGUCAAGGGCCAGUUACUGGCUACUUCCUGUCCUAGUCAAGGGCCAGUUACUGGCUACUUCCUGUCCUAGUCAAGUGCCAGUUACUGGCUACUUCCUGUCCUGGUCAAGUGCCAGUUACUGGCUACUUCCUGUCUUAGUCAAGUGCCAGUUACUGGCUACUUCCUGUCCUAGUCAAGUGCCAGUUACUGGCUACUUCCUGUCUUAGUCAAGUGCCAGUUACUGGCUACUUCCUGUCUUAGUCAAGUGCCAGUUACUGGCUACUUCCUGUCCUAGUCAAGUGCCAGUUACUGGCUACUUCCUGUCCUAGUCAAGUGCCAGUUACUGGCUACUUCCUGUCCUAGUCAAGUGCCAGUUACUGGCUACUUCCUGUCCUAGUCAAGUGCCAGUUACUGGCUACUUCCUGUCCUAGUCAAGUGCCAGUUACUGGCUACUUCCUGUCCUGGUCAAGUGCCAGUUACUGGCUACUUCCUGUCCUAGUCAAGUGCCAGUUACUGGCUACUUCCUGUCCUAGUCAAGUGCCAGUUACUGGCUACUUCCUGUCCUAGUCAAGUGCCAGUUACUGGCUACUUCCUGUCCUAGUCAAGUGCCAGUUACUGGCUACUUCCUGUCCUGGUCAAGUGCCAGUUACUGGCUACUUCCUGUCCUGGUCAAGUGCCAGUUACUGGCUACUUCCUGUCCUGGUCAAGUGCCAGUUACUGGCUACUUCUUGUCGUAGUCAAGUGCCAGUUACUGGCUACUUCCUGUCGUAGUCAAGUGCCAGUUACUGGCUACACCCUGUCCUAGUCAAGUGCCAGUUACUGGCUACUUCCUGUCCUAGUCAAGUGCCAGUUACUGGCUACUUCCUGUCCUAGUCAAGUGCCAGUUACUGGCUACACCCUGUCCUAGUCAAGUGCCAGUUACUGGCUACUUCCUGUGCUAGUCAAGUGCCAGUUACUGGCUACUUCCUGUCCUAGUCAAGUGCCAGUUACUGGCUACUUCCUGUCCUAGUCAAGUGCCAGUUACUGGCUACUUCUUGUCGUAGUCAAGUGCCAGUUACUGGCUACUUCCUGUCCUAGUCAAGUGCCAGUUACUGGCUACUUCCUGUCCUAGUCAAGUGCCAGUUACUGGCUACUUCUUGUCGUAGUCAAGUGCCAGGUACUGGCUACUUCCUGUCCUAGUCAAGUGCCAUUUACUGGCUACUUCCUGUUGUAGUCAAGUGCCAGUUACUGGCUACUUCCUGUCCUACUCAAGUGCCAGUUACUGGCUACUUCCUGUCCUAGUCAAGUGCCAGUUACUGGCUACUUCCUGUCCUAGUCAAGUGCCAGUUACUGGCUACUUCCUGUUCUAGUCAAGUGCCAGUUACUGGCUACUUCCUGUCCUAGUCAAGUGCCAGUUACUGGCUACUUCCUGUCCUAGUCAAGUGCCAGUUACUGGCUACUUCCUGUCCUACUCAAGUGCCAGUUACUGGCUACUUCCUGUCCUGGUCAAGUGCCAGUUACUGGCUACUUCCUGUUCUAGUCAAGUGCCAGUUACUGGCUACUUCCUGUCCUAGUCAAGUGCCAGUUACUGGCUACUUCCUGUCCUGGUCAAGUGCCAGUUACUGGCUACUUCCUGUCCUAGUCAAGUGCCAGUUACUGGCUACUUCCUGUCCUAGUCAAGUGCCAGUUACUGGCUUUUAGUGUCUUACAGCUAAGCCUUCCUCACUGGGAAGGAAAACCCUCUCCUUGUUUGCAUGCUGAAGCCAACAUUUGACCUUUAAGUUAUGUUCUUCCAUGUUGUUUUGAGAAGUUAUUCUUCCUUAUUUUAUUGUACGUGGAACAAGAAGUGUCAUUUUAAUGUGAAGGAGCUGUGGUGACCGCCACUCUACGUGUGGUUCUUAUGUUACUCACCAUAGUCUUCAUGGUCUAGUCUAUUGCUGUAUUCUCAUUUUGCUGCAGUCGUUCUCACACAACUGCAAUCUAUGUGUGCCAGUGGUUGGUGGGCGGGCGACAUAGCCUACCUGUCGUCUCAUUUGCAUAAUUGGCCGUGACGCAUGUGCAUGCAGUUUUAAUGGUUAGUGUAGCAGAGACAAAAAGUCAUCUCCACAAAGAGCUUUUUUAAAAACAGAUUUAUCGAAAGAGGUCUGAACACUCGCUAAGUUGGCAACACUUUGCUCCGUCUUCUUAUUCUCUGGCGGAGCAGAGUUAGGAUGUCAUCUUCACGCUGUACUCACAGACUGUUGCCGUGUCACAUGCAUACUUUUUAGCAGCCGGACUUGACAAAGACAGUCCAGGUAUGUAAAUGUCUUUCAGUGACACCCUAGAAGGUAGAUUACACAUUCCUGGUAGAAAAGGAAUAUUACACAUUCCUGGUAAAAAAAAGCAAUAGUGUGCAGAUAACACUUUUCUGUCUGUGAACUCAAUUCCGCACACACCACUAUCAAUGUCAAUUUCAUCUAGCGGGGAAAAGAGCGGUCCAGUUUUCUGAAUCCUGACUGCUAAGAAGUAAGAUGGACUGCAGCUCACAUUCAUGAUGUCAUUCUUUGCAUUAUUUAUUGUGACAGACGCCUUCCAAUAAAAAUGUGUGAUUUCUUUUUCUAGUCUUACAUCUU